AUGAAGCGAGGCGACCCGGCAAAUUGGUCAACUCCCAAGGAUUUUACGGACGAGGAAGUGUCAUUCGAUUAUACCGAUCUCAGGAUUAAUGGUGUCGACAAACACGCCGAGGUGAAUGUAUCCAGCGACGACGAGAUCGAUGAGGACCUCGAGGCCGAAUAUCUAAGACUCAACAGAAUCCUGGAUCUUCCCGCAGACUCUUAUUCGUUUACAAAAUUGAAAACUAAUCUCAAAUUGAAUAAAUAUGACACGCGUUCGGGGACCACGCACAUGUUCAUGCACAAAUUUUCGCCUUUUUCGCGGGGGUUACAGGGUGCAGCGAUAGCGAUCUCGGCGAUCGCAACAACCGGCUUGUUGAAGGCCCACCUCUGGAACGAGUCGGUGAUCGAUCAGAUCCUCGAGGACGGUGACACGUACUACUGCGCCUCCUACAAGCAUCUGGGAGUCAAAGAUCGGCGAUCUCUGACAGUAUGUGAUUUAAAAGAAUCCUUCGUUGUCCAACACACGCAUCAAGCUCGAGUGUUGAUCAGCGACGCCGUUUACACGGGUCUUUUUAACCCGGAAACUCCUACGGAUUUACACAUUAUCAAAGCUAUUAAAUUGUUUUUUGAUGAUUAUCCAUCGGGUAUUUUGACCUCCGCUAGAUUGAAUGUAUCAAUUUGGCAAGAUAGCAGUGAUGACAAUAAUAAUUACUGUGUCUUCGAUGGACAGCCAAGGUCGGAGGAUCUGGAGCCUGAUCCUGAAGGAGUUGCAAAAUUAAUGAUCCUGCCGAACCUCGCGUCUGUUUUGUGCCUAAUUUUGGAGAAAAGCAAUCUAAAUAAAGAUUAUUUCGUCUUAUAUCCAAUAAAAAUCGCGUCGAUUUUGCGCAUCGAUAAUGAAUUUGAUUUAUUCUCGCGAGAUAAUGAGAACAAAAAUGAAAAGUCAAUGCCACGUGAGAUUAAAAGAUACCCGAGCGGUUAUGACAUUCAAGGACCCCGGGCACUCGUCAGAGCCAGUAUUCAUUUAACGCACGCGAAUGUACCAGAAAUAAUCCGCGGACAUUCUCAUUUGAUCAUCGCAUUAAGUGCGAUAAUAUAUUCGCGGCUGAUCAAUGCUAAUAAAUGGACGGCUUCCGUUAUCGAUUUAAUUUUCAAUCAGUCUCAAAUUUAUUUUGUCGAUUUACUUCGGGCACUUGGGAAAAAAAUCGACGAGCUAUUUAGUUUGACCGUCGACCAAAUUUUGACGGACGUUUUUUUGGGCGUCUAUAAAGCUAAACUAAAAAUAACCGAAAAUGUUGUUCCAGGUCAGGCAAAAAAAGGCAAAGGAAAGGGAAAACUUACCCUUGAAACGGGGAUAAGAGAAUUUUUUGGCACUUGUGAUUGCGGUGUUUUGGAAAUCAAGAAAAUAUUCUACGCGUUUUGGAAAACUGGAGAAAAAUUCUACUUUUUUGACCCGUUUGGCUGUGAUGGUCAAGGAUUCAGAGUGGAUGCGACUGAUGCUGCUUCGGAUGACCCAAGAAUUGUGGAAAGGUUCAAUACUGCUGUCGCGUGUGUCACAAUGCACACUGCAAUUGGCGAAUUAGUGGAAAUUAUUCGGGAAAACACUGCGAGUACUGAGAAAGAUCCUUUUAUUUUGCAUGGAGUAAAAGUUUUAUACGUUACUGCGGGGGCAGAAGGUUUUCAAAAUGAAGUAAUUUAUCGCGAGCCCAAAACUAAUCGACGACCAGAACCUAACGUUGAGUUGGUACCUUGUAAUGGAGGAAUUAGAAAAGAAAUAGUUGAUGAUAAUCCUAAACCACGUGCUUUUGCCGAAAGAACUGGAGAUAAAGCCAAUCAGUGGCCGGAGUUGAUUGAAAAUGCAGAGGCUUUUGUGAUGCCGAGAGUUGGUCUUGAUGACAGUGGUGGUAAGGGCUUUAGAGUCGUUAAUUCUAAACGUUUGAUAUUGCAUGGGAGCAAGAAUUGUUUCGCUGGAGACUAUCAGGAGAGUUUAAGAGGCAAGCAAGGAUUACUGAUGGCGAUCGUUGCAAUGGCAUUUUCAAAGGUGAAGGAUCCUUCGUUGUGGACCGGAUAUGAUUUGGAUAAUGUUUUGGAUGUUGGUAACAGAAUUUGUUUUACUUUUUCUGGGGGUGAAGAAGAAAGUGAAGAAGAGGACGAGGAAGAGAAAGAGGAAGAUGAGGAUGAAGAAGAAGAAGAUGACGAUAAAGAAGAUGAAGAUGAUGAGGAUGAAGAUGAUGAACAAGUUUCUUAUAAAGACAUUUCAAAACUUCCUAAUAAAAUAAAGUUCGAUAAAAAAACAGUAAACUUAAAGAAAAAACGGGCAAUCAUUGAAGGAAACGCUGAGCCAAUAGUUAACAUUGGAGAGGCAUUCGGGAGAUAUUUCAAAAGAUACAAUGAAUUGAUUUUAGAAAAUAAGGGACUGGUUUAUGGGAUAUGGAAAGAAAGUAACUUGUAUUAUUUGUUUAAUCCUUACGGAUGUGAUGCGGAAGGCUGGAGAUUAAAGGAUCAUCCUGCGGGACUUGUUGUCAUGGAUAGUAUUAAUGAGCUGGUUGACUUGAUUUAUGGUACUUUGGAGUUCAAUGACAGGAAGUUUAGUAUUCAUUUUGUGCAAAUAAAGUCUGUAUUGCCGGAUUAUAUUGCUGAUGAUGUCGAUGAACCGAGUGAGUUUGAAAAGUAUCAGACCCAGUUUUUGCCGUUGACAGAUGAUGAUUUGGUAGCUUUGGCAGGAGAUGAAAAGGCGGAAGAUGAUAAAGAAAAAGAAGAAGAAGAAGAUGAUGAUGAUGAUGAUGAAACUGAUGAAAGUGAAGAUGAAGAUGAAGAAACUGAAGAAGACACGAUUAAAGAAGAAGAAGAAAUCGUAGAACUGGAUCCUUGGGCAGAAAUUUCUGAACAAGAACCAACAAUUUCUCCGGAUCAAUUGAACUUUUACUUGCUGACGGCGAAUGUUGAUUUAGAAGAAGAAGAAUUAAGCCCAGAAGCUAAAGAAGCAAUUGAGUAUGAAAAACUAAAGUACAAUCAUCCGCCUCCCUACGUGCUUCCGAAUGAUAAGGUUCUUGAAAUUCUUCUGUCUGCGAAGAAAGCGUUACAGUCAGUGCCUUCUCUGGUCUCUUGUUUUUCCGUCGACUCUAAACUGGCUGUUAAGACUAAUUUAGAAGCAUUUGACUUGGCAGCAGAGACAGUUAGUGUAACUUCAAAUGAAAAUAGGUCAAAAAUGAUUCGUUUGAUGGCGCAUAAGUAUUUUUAUUCAAGGAUCCCUCCGAUUGGUUACACCCCGCUGCGAGCGAUCAAUGAGAAGUUUAUUUACGAUGAAAGUGAAGAUUUGAAAGAUGAAAAGCGUGACGAAAAAGUAGAAGAUGAAAAGAGUCUUUUAGCUUUAUAUCAUCAAGAAAUCUCUGAUGAUACGCGAAUCGUGCCGAUAAUUAUUCCUUUGGGGCCUGUUAUCCAAACACCUACACCGAUGAUAAAAAUAAAACCAUGCACUGAAAUCGAACGACGACGUUGUAAUUUAUCGGAAAAAGAUGAGAAAAAUGAAAUAUUGAGCAAGCUCGUUUGCAAAACUGAAGACGUUAUUUUUGAUUUAAUUUUUCCGAAGCCUAAUUUUGAUAACCCCAAAGUGCGUACACUUGAAAGUGAAGAAAGUGAAUCACAGAAAUUUCCAACUGACGAUGAAGAAGAAGAGGCAGUAAUGCCGAGGGGCUUUACAAAAACUUCAGACAGUAUCUCGGUGAUUCAAGGCACUCAGUUUCUCAAAAAUCGCGAUGAAGGUGACGAUUGUCAGUUUAAAUCGUGUUUCUUCGCUGCAAUUUUGUGCAUCCUGGCAAAAGUGCAAUUGAGAUUAGAUUACUUCAACAGUAACUUGAUAGAUGAUUUGGUUUUAAGCGCAGAAGAUUUGUUUCAGCAGGCAAGACUAUCAAAAUAUUUGGUCCAAAAUUGGACUUACACAAUCCAAAUGUUCGGAGUAGGUUUUAAAAUAAUAUUGACCGAAGAAAUUUACGCUGAACCGGAUAUUUACCCCGUCGACGAGCUACCUCGUGUUCUAGAAAGUUAUUUACAGAAAAAUUCUACUGGGAUAUUAAUUUUUGAAAAUGCCUCUUUGGCUUUCUGGUCUACAAAUAAUUUUUAUUACUUAUUUGACCCAUAUGCAUGCGACAAAGACGGGUACGCUAAUGAAGAGGGCGCAGCGUGUCUUUUAGAGUUUGCUUCGAUAGAGACUUUUCUGGAAAAGAUUCAGCGGUACACGGGAGUGGAUACUUCCAUGCCUUUCAGAAUUUACACGCUUAGUAUAAAGAGUCUAGAGUGGUUGACUGAUAAAAAUCGAAAACAGGCGAAGAAGACUAAUGAAUUCGUAGAAAUUGGUUGCGAUAAAGGUGAAGUGACUGCGGGGGUAGAGGUGGAUUUUAUAGAAGAAGUGAAAGAAAUUUUGUCGCAGGAUGCAUCGUUGAUUGAGUUACCGAAGUGGACCAACAGCAAAGAAGUGAAUUUAAUUGAUUGCAACUCGGAUCGGCAGAGUUGUUCGAACAGUUUUGUUCCUUUGAAGAAUUUAAGUGUGUCAAUGCUGGAAGUUAGAGUAAUUGAAAAUGAUGUUACGCGACCGGAUAAUCCACCAUUUAAAGUUAUUAAUCCCGAGUCUUUAUCUUCAUCUCGUUUUCUGUCAGCAGAUGAAAAAGAAGAUCUUUUAAGGCCUUUGGGAAAUGUUGAUGCGACAAAGAAAUCCCCAAGUCCAUCAGAACAGACGACAAUGAGGCAAAAGCCAUUUGACAGGAAAUUCAACCACCACUCUAUUCUCCUACUCCCACUUGAUUUAUGUGUGAUGGCGUGGUCCUGUAUUCAUCGGCCACAUUUGUGGGGUGCAAGAACAAUAAGGUCUAUAUACCAAGCCAGCAGAGAUUUAGCUUUUGACAGCCUCCUAGCAGCUCAAGACUCGUCCGUGAGUGACAUGACAGAUGGUCUUUUAAGUGAAUUUAAUAUCGCCAACUACCGGUUUAACGCGGUAUUCGCACCUCUGCACACCGGGACGCUCUACAAAACACAGGGAUGGAAUUUAGCUAUGUCUCUUGAUAAGAUUUUCAGCGCUCCUAUUUAUAGCGGAGCUGUGAUAGUCUGUGGGAAGGCUCAUAUAGGUAUAAUGAAAAAAGGAGAUGACUUUUAUGCCUGGUGGCCGAAUAUCGGUGGAAAAACACUCAAAAUAAUAACAUCGACAGUCCAGGAGGAUUUUUUGAAAAUUAUUGUGCACAUUAUCGGUGAAGACGAAGAAAUUGAUUUCAAAAUAAGAGUGAUAACUAUUUCUUAUGCCCAAAAAAUGGAUCCAGACUGUCUGGAGUCGACUGGCUUGCAUGAGUCAUUGGUGCCUUCUUCUCUGCCUCAAAUCCAUCGCAAGGAUACCGAUAAUUACGAUUUGAAAACUCUUUUGCACCCAGUUCUGCCGCGAAACCAGCCGAUCUUCAUUUUUGGGACCGCCGGCUACCAAAAGUUCGAGCAGAUAAAAGAGCCGGGUAUCAAACGCUGCUAUUUUGCGGCCCUAAUUUCAGUCCUGAUAAAACGGGAUAUUAUUCAGAACCCUGUAUUUAGCGUAAUUGACAGAAUACUCCAGAUUUCUGAGGAGAUUUACCGAGAAAUAAAGGACCCCAAAUACCACAAGGAACAUAUUAUCAGGAAUGUCAGAGUAAUGAACCGAUUCUUUGACUUUCGUGACGUAGCUUCUCCUUUAUACGAAUUGGGUCCCAAUUCCAACAGCAAAACUGGUAAUUUCAAUCUAUUAAAGAAGCAAUUGCAGCGACAUUUAAAGACUCACAAUGACGGUAUUUUGCAUCUGAGCAACUGCUGCUACGGAUUUUGGUAUUGCCAGUCAACAAACACUUAUUACUACUUGGAUCCUUAUCAAAACAACUCCACAGGCAAGAGGUCAACGAACGGAGUCGGUUGUUUAGCUAUUUUUCCUUGUCUUGAUCAAAUGAUAAAAGCUAUUUUGGGUAAUUGUAUUGCAGAUACGACCGGUUUUUUUAUUCACUCGAUCCACGUCGAAACAAUAGACGUGUUAAGGCUCGGUAAAUUCGUCGAAGAUCCGAUGUGGGUUUAUCUAGAUUACCAGUGGAGUUUCAGCCACUCAUUAGUGUCCGGUAAAUUCCACUCAAAGACAAAGCCAAGGAAGAACAAAGAGCAAGUGACUAAAUCACCACAAGUGGAUGCUGAUGUCAGGAUGUGGAAUAAUUACGUGGUAGAGAUUCCUGAGUUGAUUUACUCUCUCUGGGGGACAAUCGGUGCCUAUGACAAGAGGUUCGGUGACCACGUAGGCAGAAAUCAAUCUGCUAUUUGCGUUACAUUACUCGCGAUGCAGUUCCUUUGCCGCCCUUCCAAUUGGGAUGCGUCGAUUCUUGACGCCUCAGUCAUUUUCGGAGACUGUUUUUUCGCUGAAAGUUUUAUGAAGAGAAAAGGUGAAUGUGAAGGGCAGAAGUGGAACUUUUAUCUCGGAAAAAGUUUGAAAAUCUUCCCUCACAGUUGGACAAUUGAAUAUGACACGCCUAAGUGCGGAAUUCUGUACGGUGGUCAGGAUAGAUUGACCCUCGCAGCCGCACUCAAAUUAACUUUCGAUGAAUCAUCUUUUUCGGAUGUCGUGAUAAAAUGUGCUAAUGCAAUGCUGGCUGUUUCGGCGAAACCCGAUGGCUUUUAUGCCAUUGAUCCCGGGUGGACCGGACCACCUUUAUUCCCAAGGCAACGCGGGGCUAUUUAUGUCCUGAGGUGCCGAAAUUUUAAUGCUCUUGUUUAUGCUCUUGUUAAAAUUAUUAACAGCAAUCAGCGGGAGGAAUUUAUUAUUCUGCCUCUAAGGUUUUAUUUUCAACAACAUUGCGCGGAUUCGGGGAUUGAAAAUCAAUUUCAGCUGUACAAUUUCAAUAAUUAUACCCCCGGGGUUGCAAAAAAUUGUGGUAAGAAGUUUAACAUUGCCGGUAAUGAAGAAAUUUACACUAAGUACCGGAACAGUGUCAAGCGCGGUCUCUGUUCCAAUCUCGAAAAUCCUGAAGUACCUUCCGUUGUUCCGAGGUUGAAUUUCGAGGCAAUGAAAAAUGUGAAAAUCAGCACUGCGUGGCACAAAAAUGUUGGAAAGCGUAAAGUCGAUCUAUCCAACUCGAAAGUUAUGAGGAAAAAAAUCAAGUCCAGCAAAGAUUCGGCCUGCGAUGAUUACCCGAGAACAGUAGAUUUCUCGAACAAAGAAAGUGCAAAGGCCAAGAAAUUUUUUGGGAGAAAAGUCAAGAAGGAGGAUAAACUUUUAGAACCGAUCGAUUGCUAUCCAAGGCGCAAAUUCUUGACAAACAAAGGCAGAGAAGAAUUUAAGAUGCGGGUUAGAGAUAUGAGAGAUGAUUUUUAUAAAAAUUACACGCAUCGAAUUCCUUUUCAGCUUAGUGAAUCAGUUAUUGGGGAAGGUGAAAGUGAGGGUGGGAGUGUCGGUGAAGUAAUGAAUAGAAUACUGAAUUUGUUGUAA